GCUCUCCUCUCACUCUCUCACUUCAACGAACACUCAAGCCCCCACAAAGGACUAUACAUAGUCGUCAGUCGUCACGAUCGGCAGCACCCCCUCUCACCGCAACGAGGACAACGAGAAGACGCAAAAAAGCCAAGGCUCGCAUCGCAGCGCGACACGCACUCCACCUGAAUCACUCCCACACGCGCCUGCCUGCCUGCCGGGCUCCUAAGCCCUAAACCCACCCAUCACCCCCCCUUUUGCAACACCAAAGACGGUACCCACCCGGCGUGUCACACGCACGCCGCCAGCCCACACCGCCGCGCACUCCCCCUACCCCCUUGCUUCAAUCACAACCAGACAACAAGAGUUCAACUUCAACACUCAUGCCUGGUCGUAGCAACAAGAUCACCGACCUCGCAAACCGCGCACUGCCAUCCAGAGCACGGCGCGAUCAGAGCGGGUCACAGUACGACUCUUUUGACGGCGGGUACCGCAGGUCGCCCUCGCCCUCCAUCGCUUCCUCGCAGGACCACGCCCUCUCGUCAAACUACCACGGCGCACCCAUGCAGGAGGUCCAGUACCACGACGACCUGCUCAUCCCCCCGUCCCUCCCCUUCUCAGAGGUGACGGGCGGCCAGUACUCGGACCAGUCGUCGCAGCACUCGUCGUUUGUUUCCUUGACCGACCUGCGCAACAACUCGAAGGACAAGGCGCCGUCGCUCUCCGUCAACUAUGUGCCCACAAAGUUUACAAAGCUCCACGCGCAGGGCGACUGGGCGCACCGCCGCGCCAAGGUCGGCGGUGGUCGUGACGCGUUCGCAGCCAAUGCCCAGCGUAUGGGUGACAUUGGCACGGUCGACGACGACAACGGCCUGGUAUUCCAGCUCGGCAAGGGUGGCCUCAAGACAAAGCACAAGCCCAAGCUCAGAUGGAACCGCUUCAAGUGGAUUCUGUUUGGAGCAAAUUCGGUGCUCAUUCUUUACGGCCUGGGUACUCUGAUCUCAUCCAUCCUCGUCUGGCUCAAUGUCUUCUACCAGUCGGACGUUAUCCGCGUGGCUAACCGCACCGAGUUGAUCCUCUCUACCAUUGGCGCCGCUCUCAUCACCUUCACGUCGCUGCUCGGUUACUCGGGCAUCCUCAUGAACAACCGUGCUUUCCUUGCCGUCUACGUCGUGCUGUUAUGGGUCUGCCUGGCCUUUAUUGCCGCCCCCGGUUACAUGACCUACAAGCGCAAGACUUUCAACCUCGAGGGCAAGAUCAACCUCCAGUGGUCCCGCCAGCUCGGUGUUAUUGGCCGUCUCCGUAUCCAGGACGCUCUCCGCUGCUGCGGUUACUUCUCGCCCUACGUCGAGAACACAAUCUCGCCCCUCUGCUACCCUCGCUCCAACUUUGACGGCUGCAAGAACCGCUUCCUCAAGCUUGAGCGUAGCGUUCUUGAGAAGUGGUACACGAUUUCGUUUGCCCUCAUCCCCUCGCACAUCCUGGUUAUCCUCGCUGGCCUCCUGUGCUCCAACCACGUGACGUACCGCUUUGGCAAGGGUCUCACCCCCAAGCGUUACCGUCUCGACCUCGACUCGAUGGCGAUUAUCAUGAACGACUACGCCUCGCAGAUUGCCGACCAGUACGGUCCUGGCCUCGCCCACGAGGUUGCCAACCGUUCUUCGAUCCACAUCAACGAGCAGGGUGGCUCUUCGCGCCCUGGUUCGCGCGCCGGCUCGCGUCGCGGCUCGAUUGGCGGCGGUGCCCAGACCAGCUUGCAGCAGCCCACGUCGCGCCUGCAGUACAGCCAGUCGUCGCACGACUACAACCACGGUGACAACGAGUCACCGUUUGAGCAGGACCGCAGCUACGAGAGCGGAGCCUACGACAACAAUGGCUACAAUGACAACCGCCUGACGAUGCGAUCCGACUCGACGCGGUACACGGACAUUGACGAGGCCGACCAGUCGCACCAGAUUGGCAGUGGUCAGAACCACGGCUACAAUGCCAACCAAGGCUGGGCGCGUUAAGCAGCCAGGCCCGCUACGCCACAUAUUACGACCACCACAACCCACCACAAACCUGCACUGCAUCAUGAACUCUUUACACACACGGCAGCGAUGCCGCCACGACGAGGACGUCCCUCGGACCUUUUUCAUUCUGUAUACCCUGUUUUGUUCCACGCGCUGGACAAUAGCUAGACUAAAUGCACACGAUUAAGGAGAG